AUGGUCACGACCGGCUUCACCGCGGCGCCUCCGCAGCCGCAUCCGAGCUCGCAGCCAUGGACCGAUGGUGGUCCCUCCGCCGAGUCCCGCCCGCUCGCCCAGGGCUACCGGGACGAUGAAGGCGACGAGCACGAGGGCGACGGCGAGGGUGACGGCGACGACGACGACGACGACGGCGAGACGAUCGAGGGACACGACACCGGCAACGAGCUGCUCAAUGAGACCACCGUCAAGUCCGGCUACCUCGCCAAGCGCGGAGAGAAGCGAAAGACGUGGAAGAAGCGGUGGUUUGUGCUGCGCUCUUCGAAGCUGGCUUACUACAAGAACGACAAAGAGUACCAGCUGCUCCGCUUCAUCGACGUCGGCGACAUCAAGACUGUCGCCUCGGUCGAGCUCAAGAAGAAUGAAAACACCUUUGGCAUCGUCACGCCCAAGCGCACCUUCUACGUCAAGGCGAGCUCGCGCCACGAGAUGGAGGCCUGGAUCGCGGCGCUCAACGAUGUCAAGGUGCAAUAUGCCCAGCGCAACACCCUGACCUCCGAAAUAGCGGCCGUCGACCUGGGUCAGGACGCAUCGACGCCGACAGCGACGGCGACGGCGACGUCGGCCGUCUCGCCGCAGCGCUCCGAGUCGCAGGACCGCAGCAAGACGGCCGGCGGCAGUGGAGCCAGGCCAAUCAGCAUCCACAUCCCUGGCAAAGGCUCUUAUGUCGCGCCGGCCCAGCCGCGACCCAUCCCGGGCAGCAACGCCUUCAGCCCGCUGACGGUGACGAGCGAGAGCGACAUUGGCGCUGAGCGCUUCGGGCUGAGCUACACGAGCUCGACGGGCCAGUCGAUGGCGGGCAGCCCUGGCAGGUUCGACCACCCUGCGCCCGGCUUCCUCUCCGGCGGCCACUCGCCCGGCGGCCACUACUCGGGCAGCGAUGCCAGCGAGCAAGGUCACUUUCAGGGGCGCGGAUCCCACGGCUUUGGCAGCUUCCCUCGUCAGAGGAGCAUCAGUGCCGGCCGCAGCAAGGAACCCCCAGCGAGCCCCGGCCCAUCUUCGCAGGGCCAGAGUCAGGGUCAGGGUCACGGCCAGGGACAGGGACAGGCCAACGUGCUCAGCAGCUCAGAGGAGGAGGACGACUGGGACGAGGACGAGGCCGGAGAUCGCGCGAUGCCCCUGCCGGGCCACAACGAUGGCGGCAUCGCCGGAACCGGCCAGCAGGCGGCGUAUCCGCCUCAGCCGUCCCAGACGCAGCAGCAGCAACAGCAGCCAGCGGCCGGCGGCGUGGCUUCGCCCGUCAACAGCGACUUUCUGCGCGACCCGAACAAGGUCAUCACCCAGGGCUACCUCAUGAAGCAGAGCAGCCGGCGCAAGGUCUGGCGGAAGCGCUGGUUCAUCCUGACGGGCUCGAGCCUGAUGUACACGCGCAGCCACAUGGAUGCCAAGGCGCACCGGCGGAUCCCGAUCUCGUCGAUGCUCGACGCCAUCGAGUACGAGUCCAAGAAGCUGCCCGUGGCCAGCCCGUCGAGUCCAAGCCUUGGCUCGUCGGCGACGAUGCCCUUCGGGCUCGGCUCGUUUGCGGCGGGCGGCGGCGGCGGCCCCACGCCCGGGCAAGAAGGUGGCAGCGGGCCGGAGGGCACGGCCGCCACGGGUCUGGUGGGCGCUGCGGGCGCGCAACCUCAGCAGCCGGAGAGGAUGAUGCCGGAGCGCCGUCCGAGCAUGGUGGCGGCGGCGGCCGGCGUGGCGAGCAACGUCGGCGCCAACGUGGGCAUGGGCAUGGGCAUGGGCGGGUCCAAGAAGAAGAAGGAGAACUGCUUCAAGGUCAUCAGCCCGAAGCGGACCUACCUGCUCUGCGCGCCGAGCGAGGAAGAGGAGAUCAAGUGGCUGAGCGCCCUCAAGACGCUCAUCAACCGCCAGCGUAACGCAAGCGCCGGCGCCAAUGCCGGGUCGACCCAGUCUCAUUCCCAGCCGCAGGGGCAGGCGGCCACGCCGAGCGGCACGACGUCCGGCGGCAUCGGAGGCAGCAGCAGUGGUGCCGCACCUGCGGCAGCCGCGCCGCCCUCGUUGACCAAGAACCCCAGCACGGCCAGCUCCGCCACCAUCUCGGCUCAGCAGAACGGUGCUGUCGCCUCGGGCACGCAGCAGGCGAUGGGCUCUCCCGGCGCGGCGGGCGGAGCAGCUGCGACGACACCCUUUGCGGCGACGCCGGGGGCCGGUGAUGCUGCUGCUGCCGGUGCUGCGGCGGGCGGCGAGGGAGGAGGUUUCUUCGCCGCUGCGAGGACGGGCCGAGAGAGGGCGCCGUCCCAGGGUCAGCAGCAGCAGCAGCCGCUGUCGCCGCCGAGGACGCAGCAGGCCGCUACGACCUGA